GUAUAUAAAUGGAAAUUUUUUUUUCUUUCUCCCUUUUUCACUCUUUUUCUUUUAUUUUUUUUUAUUUAUUUUCCUGAUUAUAAAAUCAUCAUCAUUAUUAUGUCUUCUUUUGCUGCCUUUGUACGUGCCAAUCCUGCUUUAGGUCCUCUCUUUGUAUUUGCUGGUGGUGGUUGCGUUGCUGCUGUUUCGUAUCCUCUUUACCUUUUACGUACUCAUCCUGAAAUCCAUGUUGACCGCAAGAACAAUCCUUAUCCUUGGCAACGUGUUCAACAACAUGAAAACAUCAAGUUCAUCAAUGUCAAUCCGGAGUUCUAUGAUAGUCGAAGGGACUUGAAUAAAAAACCAUUUGUUAUACAACGUAGUACUUUCACUUUAUAUUAG